AUGAAUUCCUAUUUCACAAACCCGUCGCUCUCUUGCCACCUCACCAGUGGUCAAGAGGUCCUGCCCAGCGUGCAGCUCAAUUCCACUGCCUAUGACCCUGUAAGGCAUUUUUCAACUUAUGGAGCAGCGGUCGCUCAAAACAGGAUCUAUUCAUCUCCUUUUUAUUCACCGCAAGAUAAUGUUGUGUUUAGCUCCAGUCGGGGACCAUAUGAUUACGGAUCGAAUGCCUUUUAUCAAGAAAAGGAUAUGCUCUCUAGCUGCAGGCAAAAUUCUAUGGGACACAAUACACAAACUUCUAUUGCACAGGAUUUUGCAAGUGACCAAAACAGGAGCACGUCCCAGGAACAGAAAGCUAGCAUUCAAAUAUACCCGUGGAUGCAGCGCAUGAACUCCCACAGUGGAGUCGGUUACGGAGCAGAUCGGAGGCGGGGGCGUCAGAUCUACUCGCGCUACCAGACGCUGGAACUGGAGAAGGAGUUUCAUUUUAACCGCUACUUGACGCGGCGGCGGCGGAUUGAGAUCGCCAACGCGCUGUGCCUCACGGAACGCCAGAUCAAGAUCUGGUUCCAAAACCGCAGGAUGAAAUGGAAAAAAGAGAGCAACCUGACUUCCACUCUACCCGGGGGAGGAGGUGUCGUCGGGGAAGCCGCCGAGAGCUUGGGGGCGAAGCAAGAGAAAAGAGAAGAAGAAGAAGAAGAAGAGACGCAGGCGGAAAAACCGAAGGAAUGA